AAAGUGCACGAGUGGCCUUUCAUCUUGGUACGAACUUCUCAGAUGAAUAUGUGUUGACACUUUGACUCCAUUGAGGAUCUCUUCUGCACUUCUGGGGCGCCCAUCGUCUUCUACAGAGCUCCGUAGCCAUAUAAAUAUGCUAAUGCGCCGUGCCAGCCUUCAUCCAACAGGACUGUCUUCGCAAAUACGCCCCGUCAUAAAGCUUACAGUAUGCCCAACGGUCCGACUAUCCCCAUCGGCGGAAUUUACGCUGGUCUCUUCAGCCGACGAGAUGGGACAUUCCACUGGACCGUCAUGGUCCCGUUGAACGAUACAGUUUGCGAGAAAUUCCAUGCUACCGAGGACAGCAACGGCUGGCGGUACGAGCAUACGCCGCACACAGUCGUUACUUCCAGAACGGCCUGCGUGGUUGUCAAGAUAGCACAACUGAACAAUCUUACGAUCGAGUACCUCGAUCGUCUGCUCAGCACGAUACCCAUGGAGACACUUCCGGCAGACCAGGGACAGCAGUUCACCUGCCGCAUCUGGUUCAGGGAAGCCAUACGCAGGCUUCACAAAGCUGGCGUUCUGCAGUGCCCGAGUGUCAACAACCUGGAGUUUGAACUAAAGGACCAGGCCUCGUCGCACUAUAUGAACCUCGAACGGGGUGCUACCUACAAGGUGCUGACGUCGGAGUACUCGAAGUAGACGAAUACAUGUAAUCGCACCGCUACCCUCAGAUAACGUUAACGUUGUACCUGCUAUCAUACUAGUCACCCGAGUUGUAUGAAGCGUUUAUUCCUUCCGACUGCGAUGUCAGUCA